AUGGACAGUAAUAAUAUUAAUAGUAGUAGCAGUAAUAGUGACAGCAAUGUCAGUUUUUAUGGUUCGGGUGUAGGAAGUAAUAUUGUUAAUGAGAAAUCACAUUGUCAAACACAUCGUAGAGACUUUGAGUAUAUAUGCUAUCAGUGCAAUAGGUUACUUUGUUCAAAGUGUUAUCACAAUCACAAUAAAGAGAAUAUAGAUCAUAAUAAAUAUUGUCAGGAUAUCGAUGAUAUCAAACAAGGUUUAAAGUCUACACUUUUUGAGAUUGAACAAUCUCAACCACAAACUGAUCAAGUAUAUCAAGACAACAACAACAACAACAAUAACAAUAAUACUAGUUAUAAUAAUAAUAAUAAUAAUGGUGAUGAAUGCUGUUAUAUCAAAUCAAGAUUAUCGAUGUUGUGGAAUACUCUGAAAGCUGCCACCUUACAAUGCCAAACAUUAGAGUCAAACCAAAAUGAAAUAUCACAACACUUUCAACAGUUACACGAGUAUCUCGUCGUAGAAGAACAUCGAUUAAAGAAACCAAUGGUCAACGAUAUCGAUUCUCUUAAACAAACACUAACCAAUAACAUUAAGGAACUAAAAGAAUUAGUAAAUAUCAUUCAGAUAAAUAACAAUGAUAGUAAUAAAAAUAGCAUUAACAGCAAUAAUAGUAGUAGUAGCAAUAGUAAUGAUAAUGAUAAUAAUAAUGUAGAUGGUAUAACAGAUGAGUAUAAUAUUACGAAUAUAAUGAAUUCAAUUACAGUAAAUUCAACAUCAUUACAAUCUUUUAUUCAAUCAAAUAAUAAUACACUUUUUCAAAGAAUAACAAAUAUUAAUGAUCUACUUGUUGAUCAUUACAAUAAUAACUAUGACUCAAUGUUAUUGGAUUUAAUAUUUAAAUAUAAUGAUCGAUUCAAAUUCACUUCUAUGCCAACAAACUCGACAACAACCACAACGACAACAUCACAAAAUCAACAAUAUGAUCAAUAUAAAGUAACGAUAAAUGAUAUCGAUCUAAAUAAUAGAUAUAAUAACUUUUUAAAGCAAACGAUUAAAGUUGUAAUAUUGCCAGGAGUAUCGAAAGACUCAACAGAGGCGACGUCGCGCCCAAAACAACCAUUCCUAUUGCUCUCUCAUUACGAUGAUGACAAUGGUGGUUUGGCAUUGAUGGACUUUGUCAAUAAGGAGAAUCCAGAAGCACACGUCCAGUUAAAAUAUGGAUUCCUCGGUACGUUCAAUUCUAUGGUUACGGUAGGUGAACACGUCUAUGUGUUUGGUGGUUUCGCUCAACGAAAGAUGUAUUGCCGUUUCUCUACAAGAACCAAUUCCAUUGAACACACCGGUGAAAUGGUGGGUGUCGAAGGUGGCUUUUUCAUCUCGGCCUGCUACGAUGGACAAGACCAUAUCUAUUUGCUCGGUGGAAAGCUCGACUCUAUCAGUUACCUCGAUAGAAUCGAUCGUUUCAAUAUCCGUACUUCCAGGUUUGAACGUUAUCACCAACUUGGACAAGUUGGUACUCGAACCUACUCUUUCCAUUACAAAGGUUUGAUCUACUCGGUACUCUGGAAUCAAAAGAACGCUCACAUAUCGAUAUUCAAUCCCGCCAACAAAACGAACGAUCAAUACCAAUCGAACCAUUUAUUCUCAAGAAUUAGAGCUGCCUGUUCCGAUCAAAAUGGAAAUCUCUAUAUGAUCCCAAGAGAUGAACACCGAUUCAUCCGAUUCAAUGUAGAAACCAAACAAAUCGAUAAUCUAGCAUUGUCGCCUUUCAAAACACGACACUUCCUUUCCGCUGUAUAUUAUAAAUCAGCGGUAGAUGGUGCCGAUGCCAUCUACUUUUUAGGUGGCAGCAAAUAUAAGAACCACAAAUAUUCAAUUGAAGACAACAGAUGGUAUACAUUCUUAUCCAAUGAUCCACUUGAAAGAUAUGAUUGUGGAUCAGUCUUAUUUGAAUAUCAAUAUGUUUAA